AUGAACGUCUCGAAGAAAAACGCCCGACGCCCAAGAUCAUCGACGUUGCAGAAGAAAGCCAACUACGAGGCACUCACUACCACAAGGAUCCUACACUGCACCAUCAAAGACGACAAAGAACAGCAACUACCCGUCAAGCUACAAGGUCUCAUCGUGCCAGGACUAGGCCGGACCAUCUUCGCACUAACGGCCCUUCUCAAGAAGGGCCUCCGAUGUGUCCUGGAAGACNACCGCCUCAUCCCGAAUGGACGUCUCGAAGAAGAACGCCCGACGCCCAAGAUCAUCGACGUUGCAGGAGAAAGCCAACUACGAGGCACUACCACUGGGAUCCUACACUGCACCAUCAAAGACGACAAAGAACAGCAACUACCCGUCAAGCUACAAGGACUAGGCCGGAACAUCUUCGCACCAACGGCCCUUCUCAAGAAGGGCCUCCGAUGUGUCCUGGAAGACAAGACCCCACACCUCACCAUUGGCGGAGAAGUCGUCGUUCCUCUGAAACAAGAGACUCAAGACCAAGGCAUGUGCACCCUCGCCAUCACAUUCAAGGGCGAUCCAGCAUCGACAAGCAAGACACCCCGGAACAACCAAGAGCCAGGGCGCCAGCCGAAGUUCGGAAAACCAGAAGCGGUACAGAUCGAUCACACUCCGCACGCGACAUGCUCAGUGGCGAUGAGCGUGAGCGCCGACCUCUGGCACCGGCGCCUCGGCCACAUCAAUCCAAGUGCGAUGGAGAUUUUGCGGUGCAACCCCGCUACAGGUGUGAAAUAUGACGGACCUGUAUCCCCGUGCGACAACUGCCAAAUCACGAAGCACAAGAAGGCUCCCGUCCCGAAGAAGACCAGCCGUGUCCUGACCAAACCAGGCCAACUCGUCCAGUUCGACAACAUGGGACCAAUCGACCCGCCUGCGAAGACCGAAACCACGCAAGCUCUGCACGCUUACAAUAUGCAAGUAGCAUCUGAAGGCUACCGCAUCGAGGUUCUACCCUGCGACAAAGGGGGAGAGAACACUGGGGAAGAAAUGCGCAACUACUGUAGGGAGUCUGCGAUCAAGCUGGAAUUCGCCGCGACCAACACGCCCCAAGAAAUCGGAGUGUCAGAAAGGGAUGGCCAGACACUUGCGGCUGUGACUCGAGCUCUACUGCGCGAUGGAGACUUCCCAAAACACAUGUGGGGGAAGCUCAUGAUGACUGCAGCAUACCUGACCAACAGCACCCCACAUGCGGAGCUAGGGGGCGCCGUUUUCCAAGAUGUAAAACACAACCCCGGACCUUUCUCGACUCGUGCCAUCGGCGCCCGCGCGUUCGUUCAUCAAGAGCGAUACAAGAAGAAGCUAGACGACCGGGCCUUUGAAGGCAAGCUCUGCGGUUACGGACCUGACAGUAAGACGUACCGGAUCUACGUGGAGGGCAAAGACAUGGCCUACGAGAGCCGAACGUGA